AUGGCGCCAGCCAGGGGUAAUCCAACACCUCAUCGCCAGCUGAUCACUUACGGGAAGUCGUCGCGUGGGCACAAGGACGGAAAAGGACACCGAUUGUUGACAAGUUCGCCGCCUGCGCAGACUCCAGGUCCCUUGCCCCAGGAACCUUCUAAGGACCUGAUUCCAUCUUCCGGACAUACGGCAGCACGUAUCAGGCAAGCAAGUGGGAAUAACAACCUUCGCCAACACCCGGGCGCACUCCAAACACCUCAGGUGGCGAAACCAGCUAAGUCAACGUCACUGCGGCAUCAGACAGCAAGCUACGAAGAGAGCAGUGUUUAUGACAUCACUUUGUCUGGAGAUGAGCAACAGCAUGAAAAGAUAGAACCAUGGAGAAAACGCAGAAAGAUAGAGUCUCCGAAGAUUGAAUGGAUUUCAAGAGGGUUUGCUGAUAUUGUAAACCCAAGCCCUAAACGUACGAGACCUGAUCACACCCAUCACGAUUCCCCUGCUAGAGAUGUAGCUACAACUGCAGCGCCCACUGGCCCCGCUGGAAAAACUGAAGUCGAAGUUGUUAUUCGGACACCGAAACAUUUGAAGAAAUACUACAAAACCACAACCAAGGAAGAGGUAGCGCUGGAGGAAGGAGAUGAGCCUGGUUUUGGUCUGCCUCGCCGCUCCAAGCAAUCAAUGGCCAAUUUGCACACAGAUCAGAGUUCCCACGUGGCUCCUAAUCCGUCGUUGUCGCAGACAGCAGGUCAACAGGCUCUGAAGCCUCCCGCAAAUACGCUCGUCCGCCCAGCAAAGUCGGUAAAGGAUCCGCCACCAAAAAUGCCUUCCUUGAACCCCAGACAAAGACUGGCAACCUCCGCUCGAGUUCACACUGGACCUGAGGAUGAUACUCUAGAGCAAAACGGAUUUACAAAUACCACCCCAUCACGGAGAAGGAUUGUAGAUGCAUUGAGCUUCACCCCCGGUACUAUGCCUGGGUCACCAAUUAAUCUUGGUGGUGCUGACAGAUGUUCCCGUUUUGCCAGUUCUCGGGCGUCCUCCGAGAUAUCUACUGGGACAUCGGAGGAUUCACUUAUUUCUUCCUCUCAGCUCCCGGCUUCAUUACAUGAGAUGAAGAACGACUCCCGAUCCAAUUCUCCCAUCCGGUCACAGCAUUCCCAGACUAGUGGUCCGAAAAAUACAUAUGCUCGACAAAGGUCGUUCCUUACUGUUGGAAAUGUAGCUGAAGAUCCUCUUCUGGAAGCCCUACCCAAACCCCAAUUUGCUCCACAGUACCAGGGUGGCCAUUGCGUGCCGAAUGUUAUGGUUUCCAAAAGGCCUCGUUCGCUCUCAUCCCAUCCAAAAGACGAUGGUGGCGGUGACAACACCAACGGGGUGGUGCGAAAUAUCUAUGAACUCCGCCGCGCCGGUGAAAAUGCUAGAUUUGAAGGAAUCGUAGACGCGAUUUUUGAGGACAUCGAAGAUCCUACUUCCUCUGCUUCAAGAAGGUAUAGUGGCCUAAUACAGCUUUGUACAAAGUUAAUGGAUCACCAAUUUGCGCGCCGCUUCCUGGCUUAUGCCUUGGAGAAAAGACUUGCAAAAAGAGCUGGAGACUUGGGUGACACCAUUUACAUGUACCUUCUUACUUGUGCAUAUGGGUUAAUUUUGGCAACUGGUCCCGUAUCAUCUGUGGUUCUGCAUACCUGCUCUUCUCAGGUGUUCAAAGUUGUUCCCGACAUGAUAUCAGACGAUUCCGAUAUCCUUGAUAUGUCAAAACUGAAGGCGAUGAAGACAUCCAAAACAAUUCAAGGGUCGCUCCGGGACUUCUGUGAACAAAUGAGCCAGAGCAAAAUUUGGCCUGAUAUUAAACCCGAGAAACCCACUCCUCUGGCCCUGGCCUUGCGGUGUAUUGAGAUGGCCGUGCGUCGCGCUCGUGAAAGUGGAGAUGCUAUAGACCAUAUAUCGGAUGCUCUUUUGUCCAAGCUGGUUGAGGUGCUUCUACGGCACUCCAUGCUUCUCGAAAACAAAAGCGCCAAGUCAGACGAUUUCUUGAUCAUCGAGUUGGCAUUCUCCAUUUUGGAGUCUUAUACGGUUGUUCUGAGUUCUCUUAGUCCGAGUCAGGAGAAGAUACUAAAGACACUUACGCCCCUUGGAUGUUUACUAUCCCAACUAUCUCAUUAUUCGGAGCCGUGUUGCAAGCAGAUUCAGCUGCUAGAAAUUCGGUUAAUUUUGAAUCUCACGAAUAACAACCCUUCGCUAUGCGAAGACUUUUCGACGGCCGAGUUCAUACGAGGAUUGAUGCAAAUUGUGUUGUCCAAUUUUGGAUUGGUUUCUGAGGACUUUGGUAACGAUAAACGGGAUUCCUUCUUAGAUGCGGUCAUUUUGGCGCUUGGGGCGUUAAUAAAUCUAACGGAAUGGAGCGAAGCCGCAAGACAACUAAUUUUUAAAACGCGAAGCAACAAUUCGACCACAUUCCUCGAUCGUUUGCUACAGCUAUUUAAAGAUGGGUGGGAGAAAACGUCAGAGGCUGAAUCUGUCAUCCAGACACACUCUAAUGUUGUAUUUGGUUAUAUAUCAGUGCUUUUGAGCACAGUCUCCCUCAACGACGGGGCACGAUUGCACCUUCGGAGUUCCCUCCACGGGAGGACCAUUGAUCGAGUACUGGCUACGGUCGAUGAGUUUCUACACUACCAUCGGAAGGUUGAGGAGCUUCACGAUGGGAAAGAUGGGAGCCAAGGGGAAGAGGAGUCGUCAGUGUCUGGGUUCACGUCGAGACUGCAAGGCAUUGUGAAUCGGAUCAGAAAUGCGGAGGGGAUAUGCUGA